AUGGCGGAGAAGAAGAUGAAGGCAAAGGAGCUGAAACGGAAAAACAUCCUGGAUUCCAUGCAGCGCAUCCAAGACUUCCUGACGAAUUACGAUGAGGAGCGAGACAUGAACGAGGUAGCGAUACGUCUGGCCCGACUUGAUAACCUGAUGGAAAAUUUUGAAGCGAUCCAAGGAGAAUACGAAACGUACGACGAUGAACCAGAAUUUGCUGCGGCCAAUGCGAAGGUAAGGGCAAGGGUGGAAGAGCAGUACUUUAGGGUAAAAGGUGGUCUCGUUAGCAAGGUUCCUCCCCUUCCUCCAAUCUCAACCAAUCCAUUAAACCAGCAAGGUGCUCCAGCAAUUGCUCAUGUAACCGGUGUGAAACUCCCCACUAUCGAAUUGCCUAAAUUUGACGGUGAUCUGAAUGAAUGGUUAACGUUUCGCGAUUCCUUUUCAUCACUGAUUCACUCGUCGCCAGAAAUCCCAUGCAUCCAAAAGUUUCAGUACCUCCGAUCCGCCUUGCGAGGUGACGCUUUAAAACUGAUUGAAUCCUUAAACAUCACAGCAAACAACUACGCGGUAGCUUGGGAAGCACUCCUCAACCGCUACUCCAACACAUACUUAUUAAAAAAGAAACACUUGCAAGCUCUAAUUGUCCACUCGAAGGUCUCGGGAAAAUCCGCUGCUGGUUUACGUGCUGUUGUAGAGGAUUUCCAAAGGCUUGUCAAAAUACUCAACCAACUAAAUGAACCAACCGCGCAUUGGGGCAGUCUCUUGGUUCAACUACUGUGCUCUCGAAUCGACGAUUACACCCUGAAGGAAUGGGAAGAAUUUGUCUCUGCUAAUCACGAACCAACGUAUGAAAGCCUCAUCGAAGUACUAACCCGUAAAAUCCGGACUUUAGAAUCCCUUCACAUAUCGGCUGAGCAGUCCACUUCUUCUUUCCAAGCAAAGCACAAUCUCCCUGUCAGGCAACCUAAACCCCAAAAUCCUACAUCGUCGAAAAUCAACUCCUAUACUGCAGUGGAACGGUACCAACCUGAAUGCCUAGCUUGCCGCGAUUAUCAUCCUUUGGUGAGAUGUCCGGUGUUUGAAAAGAUGCAGCUUAAAGAUCGAUUGAACCUAGUAAACACGAAGCGGAUUUGUAGCAACUGCUUCAGGGGCAACCACUUCGCCCGGAAUUGUCAAUCCAACUUCUCCUGCAAGCAUUGUCAAAAACGCCACCACUCUUUAUUGCAUCCCGGGUUUGAUGCACCAGUAUCGGACAACAAUCCAAAUUCCAGUGGUCCACAAAUCCGAACAACCCAGAAUCCUCCGAAAUCCAAUGAAUCCUCCACAGUGGUUACAGCAACAAAUCCUGAAGUGAUCUCGUCAAACUCCGCCACAGAAUCCCGUGGCAUGAACGUUUUCUUAUCGACCGUCAUCAUCAAGGUGCUAGAUGGAUAUGGAAAUGAACAUCUGGCCCGAGCUCUGCUAGACAGUGGAUCACAAAGCAGUCUCAUGAGUGACCGCCUUUGUCAGAAACUAAGAUUGCUUCGUCAUCGUAUUGACCAACCCAUCCUCGGUAUUGGUGAAUCUCCCAUUCGAGCAGUUUGCUCCGUGACCACCGAAGUGAGAUCGAGAGUUGAUGACUUCUCUAUUCCCCUGAAUUGUUUGGUGCUCAAAAAGCUGACUGCUGAUCUACCUGCUGUAACCAUUACCACUGCAAACUGGCAGAUACCGAACGAUAUCACACUUGCUGAUCCCGAGUACAACGUCUCACGAAAGGUAGACCUCAUAAUAGGUGCCGAACACUUUUAUGCAAUCCUCCAGGGUGGCCGGUUGCAAAUUGGCCCACACGCCCUGGCCUUAGUGGAAAGUAGGUUCGGUUGGCUUGUUUCAGGAGCAGUGCCUUUUGAUCCCAUACCCCAAGCUCUGGUUUAUUGUCCGUCUAUUUUGGAAACCCUCAACGAGAACCUCGAAAAAUUCUGGAAAAUAGACGAAUUUGAAAAUUCUAAACCCACCCUUUCACCCAACGAUCAAUAUUGUGAGGACUUCUUCAAGGAAACGGUAAGCCGCGAUUCCACUGGUCGAUACUCCGUAAAAUAUCCAAAAAAAAAUGAUUUUGAAUCAAUGAUAGGCGAGUCUUACUCCAAUGCCAAGGCCCGUCUCAUCAGCUUGGAAAGAAAAUUGGACAAAAAUCCCAUCCUUAAAGAAAGGUAUCAUACCUUUAUGGCCGAAUUCAUCCAACUGGGACACAUGCGAGAGGUACCUGUAGACGACCCAGAACCCACUGUCGUAUGCUAUCUUCCUCACCAUGCCGUGUUGAAAGAAUCCAGCACCACUACGAAGGUACGCAGUGUUUACAACGCUUCGGCAAAAACAAGCACUGGAUUCUCUCUCAACGAUUCGCUCCGAGUAGGCCCUGUCAUCCAAGAUGAGCUAUUUGACAUCUUACUCCGCUUUCGCAAAAAUUUGGUGGUAUUGUUGGCUGACAUAGAGAAGAUGUAUAGGCAAAUCGUUCUUCACCCCGAUGACCGACCCCUUCUGCGUUUGUUGUGGAGGUUCAACCCGAACGACCCGAUUACGAAAUAUGAGAUGACAACAGUAACAUACGGUUUGGGCCCAUCCUCGUUCUUGGCUACCCGCACACUUCAUCAACUUGCGGAUGAUGAAGGUGCUUCUUUUCCUCUUGCCGCAGCCUCUGUGAAGCAAGAUUUUUACAUGGAUGAUUUUGUACGGAGUGAAGAAACCAUAUCUACAGCAAUCCAACUGCGUAAGGAGAUGGACGAACUGAUGAGCCGUGGAGGAUUUUCCUUGAGGAAAUGGUGCUCUAAUUUUCCUGAAGUUUUGGAAGGAGUGCCACCAGAAAACCUAGCCCAUCCUAGCACUGAAAACCCCGAACCUGGAGAGGUGGUAAAAGUCUUGGGAAUUUCCUGGGAGCCCGAGCAUGGUUUAUUUUGUUUCAAAUUUGCCCCAUUUUCAACCGACGGAAAGAUUACCAAGAAUCGAAUUCUUUCCGUUAUUGCCCAAGUUUAUGACCCCUUGGGAUUAAUUGCCCCCGUCGUUGUACGUGCGAAAAUAUUUAUCCAACAACUUUGGUUGAUGUCCAUCGAAUGGAAUGAGGAAGUCCCAAAUCAAAUCCGAACUAAGUGGGAAGAUUUUGUAAAGGACUUGUCAUCACUAGCUGAGUUUCGGAUCUCACGGUUUGCCUUUGACAGAGGGGAGGUGCAGCUACAUUGUUUCACGGACGCCUCCGAAUCAGCCUAUGGAGCCUGCAUCUACGCUCGGACGGAGAAGGCCAACGGGGAGGUGAAGGUGGUACUACUAGCGGCGAAAUCCCGAGUAGCACCGCUUCAGAGACGCAGCAUCCCGAGACUAGAAUUAUGCGCUGCUCAGCUAGGCGCUCGCUUAUCGACGAGAGUUGUUGACACACUGGACCUGAAAUCUACACCCAUCUACUACUGGACCGAUUCGAUGGUGCAUGUACCCGGAGUAAACAACCCAGCCGACGUCGUCUCCAGAGGCUUAACUGUGCACCAGCUUCUGAACUGCAAACUAUGGACCGAUGGACCCGAUUCGUUGGGAAGGGGAGACGAAAAUUGGCCGAAGUUGGAGAUCCCGAGAACCACUAAUAUUGAUGGAGACACUGAGCGCAAAACCACCACCUUGCUAAUCCAAAAUCCACCACCACCCCACCCUUUGUUUACUCGAUCAUUCUCGUACAAUCGUUUGCUCCGUACGACUGCUUAUUGUUUGCGAGUUUCUCGGAAGGCGAGAAAAGAACUCAUAGAAUCCACUUUAAUCCUCACUCCCACUGAACUCGAAUCUGCCAGAGACUGCCUGGUAAAAUUAGUUCAAACAGAAUGUUACCACACCGAAUUGAGCUUUUUACGAAAAGGGAAACCGGUACCCAAAAAAUCCGCACUGCGUUUGUUAAAUCCUUUUGUUGAUGCUUCGGGAAUAAUCCGAGUCGGUGGCCGGCUCAAAUUAUCCUUGGAAACCUUUAGCACCAAACACCAAAUCCUGCUCCCCGGAUUUCACCGUUUCACCCGAAUGCUUUUGUUGUUAUUUCACAACAAAUUGGUUCACGGGGGAAUAGCGCUUACGCUUGGUGUAGUGCGCAAUGAAUAUUGGCCUACAAAUGGGAGAAGAGCUGUGCGCAGCGUAAUUCGAACCUGUUUUCGUUGUACUCGAGCAAACCCUAAGCCUCUCAAGCAACCAAUUGGCCAAAUACUCCUUGCCCGAGUUACCCCAAGUCGUCCCUUCGCAUCAACUCGCAUUGACUAUUGUGGCCCGGUGUUUGUUAAGUCCCCGAACCGUAAAUCUGCUCCCACCAAAGCCUAUAUUGCCCUAUUUGUCUGCUUUAGCACAAAAGCAGUUCACAUUGAGCUUGUGGGGGACCUAUCCACAGCCUCAUUUCUCUCUGCUCUACAACGUUUCGUGGCCAGACGUGGCAAACCUCAAUACAUCUACUCCGACAAUGCCACAAAUUUUGUUGGAGCUCGAAACGAGCUACACGCUCUCUACGAAAUGUUCUCAAGCCCCAAGGAAACCGAUCGUAUCGCUACCGCUCUCACAACCGAGGGCAUACAAUGGAAGAUGAUCCCCCCGCGUGCACCCAACUUUGGCGGCCUGUGGGAAGCCGCCGUGAAGGUUGCGAAAAAACAUUUGGUUCGUCAGUUAGGCAGCACCUCUCUUCUGUACGAGGACCUAGUGACGAUUUUGUCCCAGAUCGAGGGAGCAAUGAACUCGAGACCGUUGGCCCCUUUGUCUGAAGACCCCAACGAUUUCGAAGCCAUCACUCCAAGCCACUUUUUGAUUGGCUCUCAACUGCAAGCCCUUCCACAUCCCGACCUAAAGGACGUUCCUGAGAACCGGCUGAAGAAUCGCUAUCAGGUUAUCCAACAAAAGCAGCAGCUAUUUUGGUACCACUGGCAGACAGAGUACCUCAAAGAGCUGCAACGGCAAUCUACUACCAACCCGCAGGAAGUGAAUCUCAAAAUCGGCCAGGUGAUGAUUCUUCAAGAUGACCUGUUACCCCCCGUGCGCUGGCCUCUCGUGCGCAUCAUGGAACUACAUCCUGGAGCUGACGGUGUGACACGGGUGGUUACCAUCCGCACUCCCACUGGUGCUAUCUUCAAGCGUGCUGUGGUCAAGCUGUGUCCGUUACCUACGAUGGACGAGGAGGAGUCAUCGACAGCCGCCCCCGCACCAGGUGAAAUCAAUGUUGACUGA